UAAGAAAGAUAAAGUUACCUCAGUUUUAAUGUAGUGGAUUGGUCUACCCGAGAAAUGCAAAAUAUGCAGCGAACCAUGCUAAUUAUACCUUUAACUAGUUUGUAACAGAGCUCGAUAUUAUUUAAGGUACGUGAUAGAGUCGAGUAACGACAGUAUCACAUCGAAGUCAAUAUGAGAGCAUAAAAUGGAUUUCUGCAGUUAUAUUACAUUUGCUCUCAUUGCAGCGUUAAUUGGACAAUCCUUGGCUUCUCAUUUUCGCGGGGCAAUUAUUUCAUGGAAACCCGGGUCAAACCAGAGAGAAAUAGAUGUGGACUACCGUAUAUCGUGGCGUAUGUCGUAUGGUAGCUACUUCACGUGCAGCGACAAUACCAUUAAGAACGGCAUUUCUAUCGGCGGUCACGGUAAGAUCGAAUGCUUCUCCAACUGUUAUGGUACUUUUGGAUACUUGUACUACAAGUGCACGGACUACAGUUCUGUAGAGGAUUGGUCUUCGGGUAAAGGAACACUAACCAAAACAGUGAUACCAGCCGAUGAAAGCUCUAAUGUAUAUGAAUUCGGGUUCGAGGGAGCAGCUUGGAUAAACUCAUUGAAUGUCGGUGGCGGAGGAGAUUGGAAACUAAAAGUGAAAGCUGACUUAAGUAAUCGAACUGAUACUGGAACCAUAAACACAUCGCCAACGGCAGAUAUACCACCAAUUAUUCGCUUACAGCAUGGUUGCAACAACACGAUUAAGAUUGAAGUGCACGAUUCGGACAAUGAUUUUGUACGUUGUCGCUGGGCUUUAGAGACCAAUGACGAAUGUGGUGAUGUAUGUGACGGACUACCCAAUUCUAAUUUGAAUGCAGACUGUACAAUCUCAUACGAGUCUGUGUAUUCUCUGGGCUGGUAUGCAGUUGCCAUACAAGUUGAAGAUUAUAUCAAUGCUACAUCUGAGACACCACUCAGCAGCAUCCCUGUCCAAUUCCUUGUUAAUGUUUACAAGUCCAAUGCAUCAUGUGCCAAGUCGACGGAAUUCGUUGCUCCAACACCCCCUAACGACGCAUGUAUAGGUGUGCCUGAAGGUGAAAUCUUAGAACUGGACAUUGUAGCUAGAGUUGCAAGUGCUGACAGAAGUAUUUCAGAAAUAAAGACAUUAUCACCACUUGGGAUGCUAAAAUCCAAUGUGUACAAUAUUUCUGCAACAGACUGGAAAGUAAAUGUCACAUGGAAUUCUUCACACUCUGCGGAUACGAGUAAUGUGUUCUGCUUCACGGCGAGGGAAACAUCAGGCAUUGAAAGCGAGAAGAGAUGCAUAACAUUGUUAAAAGAUGUAUCACCGCCGAAAUUUAUUAACGGCACACAGUCACCUAUCGGAAGAGUUCUUCCAAACCAAAGGACAUGGACAAUAAACACCGACAUAAAUAUUAAGCAAACUUCACGGGAUGCCUAUAUUAGAAUUUACGACAGCAAGGGUUCACUUGUUGAAGCUAUAGAUGCUUCUGAUACUCAUUCCGUCACGGUAAACUCGGACAAAAACAUGAUGCAAUUUAUAAUACCAUUGACUCUGAAAGAAAAGGAAACUUACUAUUUUCUGUUCGACCUUGGUGUUGUAAAGGGUACAGAAUAUUGUGGAGCGGAUUCCUCCCCGAUUGAAGAUUCGUUGUUCUGGGAAAUGAGUAUAAUUGAUGUUACUCCACCAUUGAUAACAAUGGUGACGAGUCCGUUAAAGACAAAUGCUACUACAAAAUUAGAGUGGACAGUGGACGAGCCUGUUUCAACAGAAUGCACUUUAACAAGACCAACCGGUACAUCUGAGAAUAUCUCUAUAUGUAACAAUGCAUGGAUUGGAACAAACUUGACAGAAGGACAUUAUAUGUUUAGAAUUAAAACUACCGACCUAGAAGGAAACAUGGCUUACCAAACAGUUACAUGGGAAGUUGAUACUACUUCACCUAUUGUGUCAUUUACGUCUACACCAGCAAAAGAAAGUAACGAACACCAUCCGCUGUUUGAAUGGGUCUGUAAUGAACCUUGUACCUCUAAGUGUUCAUUUCUGGAACAAGGAACGACCAAUUCUGUAAAUGUAGCUUGUUUCGGGACAUCUAUAGUCUGGGAUGUACCUGUCACUACUGAUGUAAAGACUUAUACAUUUCACAUCACAGCGACUGACGAUGUUGGAAACACUGCAGAAAUGCAUUUCAACUGGACGGCCGACUUUAUACCUCCAGAGAUACAUCUUUGCAGUGCAGGCGAAAACAUUUCUGUUGAUUGCUCAACCGACUUAAAACCAUUAUCAAUUUGCAACGUUACAGUAGCAGACAGUGUAGAUGCUACUCCAAGCCUUUCAUAUGACGAUGUAAACGUUGGAACGUGUGGCAUUGUAAGGAAAUGGAAGGCACAUGACGGUGCCGGAAAUAACGCAGAAAAAUCACAACAAAUCCAUGUUGUGACCCAGAAACCGCUGCGAGUAGUUCGGUACCCUGGACCUUUAUCCGUAGCUUGUGGGGCUUUAGAGAAUAUGACCGAAACAUUGAUUUCUUUGUUUGAAAUAGAGCAUCCUUGUGACCUUGAUGUGAAAUUCAGUUAUAAAGACAAUCCCAGUGAGAAAUGUGGUAUCCUAGUAAAUAGAACUUGGACAAUAGCAGACAACUGUGGAAAAUUUGUAAAUGUACUUCAGUCUCUUAAAAUACUGGAAGCUAAGAAACCUUUGUCUCCUGAAGAUGGGCAAAGAGGCGUUGAUUUGAACAUGAUCCUGCGAUGGCAGGACGCGACAUCUAGCACUAAAUUUAAGGUUUACAUUUGGGAACGUGGUUUACCAGUGCCAAAAUCUCCUUUAUCUGAAACAUACAAUAACUACUACAGAAUUACAUCCUUGAAGUCGGGAACAAGGUAUCAAUGGCAGAUAAUAUUCCUCUUUGAUAACAAUGAAACGUAUCUCAGUCCAAUAUGGGUAUUUGAGACAAGAAAAUAUGCAGACUUAGUUGUAGUGGGCAUAGAUGUGCCACCCUCUGGUUUUACUAACAACGAUUGUACGGUGAAAUGGACAGUGAUGAAUUCUGGUGGUAUUGCUACACAGUCAAGACGCUGGUAUGAUGCUGUUUAUAUUUCAUGGGAUGACGACUUCCGAAAUUCAAAACUAGUAAAGACAGUUUAUCAAAAGAAUGUUAUAUAUCCAAAGGAUGGUUAUUCUUCAACUACAACCUUCAGAUUAAGCGAGAAGGAAUUUGGAAAUGCAUACAUAUUUAUUCGCACUAAUUUAUACAAUUAUGUAGAAGAGUAUAACACAACAAAUAAUGUAAUGCGCAGUUUAUCCACCAUACACGUCAAGCUCACACCUCCACCUGAUCUUCAAGUUACGUCUAUGAUUCUGUCAGGAACGAAAGUCUUUUCAGGAACUAACAUUGAUAUAUCAUGGACUGUGGUGAACAUGGGACAAGGGCCGACUAGAGACAAGAUAUGGUGGGACAAACUGUGGUGGUCCCGAACACAAAGCCUUGAUCGAGACUCAAAACUGUUGAAAUCAGCGGUUCAUUAUGGAUACUUAAAUCAGAAUGCCAACUACACAGGGACAGCGACAGUGCCGAUACCGGAGUUCAUCACGGGAGAUUAUUUCUUCAUAGUUGAAACUGAUGCAAAUGGUCAAGUUUUUGAGUACAUCAACGAAAAUAAUAAUGUACUUGCAGCACAGACGCCAGUCUAUGUGACACUUACGCCGCCGCCUGACCUAAUUGUGCGAUCGAUCGAAUGUCCGAGCGUUUGGAAAACAGGAGAUACCGUUAACGUAACAUGGGUUGUUGAAAAUAUUGGACAUGAUUCACCGGAAUCACAAGCCUACUGGCGAGACGAAGCGGUAUUGAUGUCAACGGCCUCUAAUUGGCAUCGACGCAUUGGAACAGUUCCUCAUCACAAGGUCGUAAAAUCGGGUGAAAUUUAUGCAUCUACAAUUCAUGUGUAUGUUGCACCAGAUAUAACAUCGGAUGACUAUAAUCUCACAGUCACAGUCGACUUUAAAGACUAUUUAUUUGAAUUUACUUAUAAAAACAACAACAAGCAAACUAAAGUAGUUACUGUGACACAGCUUCUUCCGGAUUUAAAAGUACAAAAUUUUACAGUUUCGUUAGAAUAUAAUUCUAAUGUUACCGUUUUAAAUUAUGAAUGGGAGGUACAAAACAUAGGCCAAGGGAACACUGUUUCAGAUAACUGGAUUGACUCACUAAUGGUUAAACUACCUGACAGUGACGUGUAUGUACUAUUGCAACAAAUAGAAAUAUCAGAACAAAACGGACUUCAGAUUCGUGAAUCGUAUACUCGCAGCGUCAGUUUUGAUCUCCCCUUCACCGUGUACGGAAUCGUGAAUUUUCGAUUAGCUGUCGAUGAAUUAUAUCAUUCUACAGGUGACAGUGACAUAUCAAACAAUGUAAUUAUAGCAAGAGAUGUUUUAAUAAAUCUAAGAGCCGUUGACCUAAUGGUGUUAGAUAAUAUAACAACAUCAAAGAAUGCACAAGCGGGAAGAGACUUUUCGCUGACAUACACUGUUUCAAAUAUUGGAAGCAUGGAUGUCAAAAAUAUCCUUUGGAUUGAUAGAAUAUUUAUAGUUGAAAAUAUCAAAAAUCUAACAGCAGCAUACAAUCUUGACAAAUACUAUGAAAUCGAUAUUAAUAUGAAAGUAAAAGAAACCUAUUUCCGAACUGUCUAUUUCACCCUGCCAUAUGUGAUGUCCGGUGAUUACAUUGCCGUCGUAAUAACUGAUACGGAAAACCAGGUAUUCGAGGGUUCAUAUAAAACUAACAAUAAACUUACGAAAUUAUUUAGCGUGAAUCCUGCACCUGCCGCGGAUUUAGCUGCGCUAUCCGUUCAUGCUGAAUUGUUGAGCUCAGUCGGCGAAGAUAAUAUUAUUUCUGUUCAGUGGCAAGUGAAGAACAUCGGAAACUCUAUGGAUAAAUUCCAGUUGUGGCUUGAUCAGAUUAUGUAUAAAACAGAUGAGUCAGACACUUUUAUAACAUUGAAUACAUACAAAGUAGACCGCAAACUUGAAUCAGAGGCACAAUAUCAGGAGGAAAGAAAUAUAAUUCUUCCUGUAAAUGUUAGUGGUAACAUCUUCCUUUGCAUUAUGGUGAAUAGUGAUGGCAAUAUUUACGAAGCUAAUUCAAAACAAAAUAACUUUCUAUGUCAAGAUUAUCCUGUUACAGUUAGAGUUUACACUGCAGCCUUACUUACAGUUACUGUCGAUAAGAUUACAACAGCUUUGGAAAAUGAGCAGAUAGUGCCAGGUUCAAAAGUCGCUUUAGAAUAUACCGUUACAAAUAUCGGUGGCCUACCAACAGUUCAGUCUUCCUGGAUCGAUUCUAUUUAUUUGACAAAUUCAGAACCAAGUUCAACAGCUGACCUAAAGACAAAUGGUAUUCGUGUACAAGAUAUAGUUCACGUCGGUAAUUUAAAAGCAGCUCAAAGCUAUUCCGUUAGAUCCCAAUUUUCAAUUCCAAGAACGUUUGUCGGAGAUCCGUUUAUCCAUGUUUUGUCUGUAAAUACAGAUACAGAAGAAAAGACAGACGAGACAAGUUUUCCUUCUUCGAUAGGUUCAUAUAAACAGCCAAUUAAGUUAUCGUUUCUCUUACCAAACUUGCACAUUGCAACCAAUCAAACAAUAGGUGAUCUUCAGGGUGGACAGCCUGUCACCGUCGAAUACGUAGUACAAAAUUACGGCAACUUUUCGACUCAAAACAUUUGGUUUGACAGUGCUUAUCUUAGUGAAGAUUUUAUAAUAGAUGCUUUCGAUAUUCGGUUGAAUACAGUUCUGAGAAGUUUUAAAUUAGAUGUUGGCGAAACAACGACUUUGAAUAUAAGUUUUAUUCUUCCUUUAGACAUGGAAGCAAAAAGCUACUUUUUGGUUAUUGUAUGUGACUCGAGAAAUGAUAUCUUUGAAGAGGAAGAAGAUGAUAAUGAAAUCAGAUUAGUUUUUGACAUGGAAACACGGACAAGUUCAGAUAUUGUAAUUACUAAUGUUGCUGCUCCAGUGUCCUCUCAGUUUGGCAGCACCAUGCACGUAUCUUGGAAUGUUGUAAACAAUGGAUCGCAGCCUGCAAGCGGAUACAAAUGUGAUUCAGUUUAUAUAUCAGAAGAUCGUCAAUGGGAUAUUAGUGACAAGCAAUUAGGGUCACCAAAAUGCUCAAUAUUUCAUCUGCCUGCAAAUAAAAGUGACGGACUGAGCCAUUCUAUAAGUUCUGUUACACCUAAUAUUCCAGCUCAGUCUUACAACACAUUGGUGAAAACUCGGUCAAAUGUGAUUGAUUUGAAUCUUGACAAUAACGUGGCCAUUUCUAGUCGCCAGACUAAAAUUACAUACAACACUUUAUCGGUUGGAUCUUCUACGAAUGUGCCCUUAUCCUUUCACGGUUUUUCAGCUUUGCAAAUAAUUAAUGUUACCACGGAUCAGACACUUGUUAUAAAUAUAUCAUCGGAUACCUCUGAUUCAAUGAACAACGUUUACAUAAAAGCUGGACGUCCAGCAACCCGUUACGACUUUGAUAAAGUUUCAGAUGACCCUAAUACCGCGAAUAAGAUUAUUUCAGUUCCUGACACAGUUAGCGCCGAUUACUUUAUCCUUAUUGAAAACAUAGGCUCACGUUCGUCUGAAGCGAUACAGAACAUUAAAAUUGCAGUAAAGUAUGCGAAGUUUGACAUUCUUGAUACUUUUCCACGGUCAUUAAUACCAGAUGCAGAAACAACACUUCAUAUUUCUGGGACAUUAUUUCCCGACGACAUGGAAGCACGAUUAUUUUAUAAAAACAGUUCCGUUUUAAGUUUCACAGCAAUGAAAACAUACAUUUUUUCUUCGACAGAAGCGUUUGCAACAUUUCGUAUUCCGAAAGAUACAACAGUUACACAGAUGAAUCUGUUAUUACUCUCCCAAUCUCUAAAUGAUAGCAUCGAAUAUAAAAACGCUAUUUACAUUGUAAAAGGCACGAAAGGAUAUUUAUCUGUUAAUGUUGAGAGCCCUGGUCGGUUGAGAAAUGGAGAAGAAGGUAUGUUCAAAGUGAAUUUUCAGAACCUCGGAGAUUCAGAUAUUUUAGUGCCGGUAAUAAAUGUUGAAGCCAUAGGCAAUGGAACUAUAAGACUAGAGAAUGAAUUGCAAAACGAAUUUUACCAAAAACGGUAUCUUGUUUUCGGUAUGUCUGAAUAUGGACCAGCCGGAAUACUUCCUCCAAAAUCUCACGGAGUUUUGAAAUUUAAAACUAGACAAGACCGUCUGAUAACGAGAGGUCGUCUUUCAAUGACUCUAAGAGUUUCUGAGAUCAAACCUGAAUUUGAAAGAUCAAAUCCAUUUCUGCAGAUGAAAGAAGACAUAAGACUUCCCCACUAUGACAAAGAAUCAUGGGAACCAAUAUGGAAUAAUUUUAUUUCCGUCACUGGAAAUAGUACCUUGUCUCUACUGAAUAAGAUGUCGAUUAUCUUAAAUGAAAUAAGUUUGGCUGGAAGACGUGUGCAGAAAGUAGAUGACAUAAUAAGAUAUCUUGUAGAUUUUGCUGAUGCUCCGUUCGGCGAUAGAGUUCUCGUGUAUGAAAACGAUGUCGAUGUCCAGACGGAAAAAAGCGUACGUCUGAUUGUAGAUCGCUUCAUGUCUGCACGUAUUGGUUCCAGAAGACAGCCGGGAUAUAUUGGAAAUGGGUGGAUUAUACCGUUAUGGGACACAAAGAUCAUUCAGAUAGAUGAGUUGCUUCUGACACUUGAAUUUGAGAAGGAAUAUUACGAUUUCAUCAAUGUAGACGAGGACGUGUACAUUCAUGCCGAACAAGGUGUCAUUACAAAACAAAAUUCAGAAUUUGUUCUCCGACGUUACAGAGACAGCAAAGAGUUUCGCUUUGACAUAGACAGUUUAAAACUUAGAUCAAUAGUUUCUAUAGUAGAUCGAAGCAAUUUAACGCUUCUGUAUGAGAAAUCUCUCUUAAAACAAAUACACCAUUCGGAUGGACCAUACGUUAUUGUUCAAUACAAUACAAACAACAGAAUACAGUCCAUGGAGUCAAUGAAUUCUCUUUCGUCUGAAGGAAACAGGAAAGUUUUGUACACAUACGACUACGACAGUGGCAAUUUACGGGAGAUUAUAACAAACUCAGGCACCAAACAGUACUCGUAUAAUUACCGGGAUUCUUCUUUAAAGUAUGUAGAAUACGACGACGGAUCUAUGUUUAUAUUCGAGUAUAACAAUCUUGGUCAUAUAUCGGCAAGAAGAUUCAUCGUUGCAAAUCGUGUCGUUUCAACGCAGGAGUACAUAUAUAGCGAUGGCGGUAUGCUCUCAGUUCGAUCAGAACCUGAUGAGAAUGGGUAUAAUCUGACUUUUUCUGAAAAGGGAGAUAUAAUUCUUGUCAAACGUAAAGGCUUUAUACCAGAUAAAACAGUUAUGACUAAAAAUAUGGAAACGAAAUACCAAGGGGACAUGAUAGUUACUAGAAGAAUAUUCGAUAAAAAAGGAUAUCGUUUGACAAUAGAAGACGGUAACAAUGAUAGAAUACAAGCCAUGUUCAAUGAAGUUGGUCAGUUGACUGACUUUUUUGACGGUGGAGGAAACGCAUAUCAUAUCACACUGAAUGAGAAUGGAACUUUGAGGAACAUAUCUUAUCCAGAUGGAACGAAUAAAACAUACCGUUACUUUGAAAAUAACCAUAUGACAACAACACAGACUGGUGCAGUAAAGAGAUACGAAUACAACGAAAGAAAACAAUUAGUAAUGAAAGAUAUAGGUGAAAAUAAAAUCACCUCAUACGAAUAUGACGAUAUUGGAAAUCUAGUUAAAGCAGUAAAUGGGGAAGGUGAAAUAGCAGUCACAUAUAAAGGUACAAUUCCUAUACGUAUAAAGUAUCCCCACGAUACAGUUAAGUAUGAAUACAAUGACGAUGGCCAAUUAACACAUAUUUUAAGCGAAAAUGGAUAUUAUAUUCAGUAUAGAUAUAAUGAACUUGGGUUAGUGCAUCAGGUUUUGAAUCAAGAAGAAAAUGUUAUCCUGUCGGCGGAGUACAGUCGCUCUGGGAAGAUAACAAAGAAACACUUGGGUAACGGUGCUUAUACAGAAUAUGCUUACGAUGCUACUACAGGGUUAUUGAAGACCUUGUCAAAUUUCUAUCCAAAUGGAACACUUGUGUCCGUUUUCAAUUACUCUUAUUCAUCAAGAAACAGAAGAAUCGCUGUGGAAACACUUGAUGGAACUUGGAAAUUCAAAUAUGAUCGAGCCGGACAAGUUAUUUCAAUGACUGAUCCUAAUGGAAAUACAACUGAUUAUACAUAUGACAACCGAAAGAAUAGGAAGAUUGUUUCAAAAAACGGAAUGGACGAUCAUAAUACAGUUAACGAAAUGAACCAGUAUAUCAAAUACGGUACCAGCUAUCUUAGAUAUGACAGAAAUGGUAAUGUAAUAGAAAAGAACUCAACAAACCAGGAACGCUACACUUUCGACGAAGACAAUAGAAUUAUUAAGUAUCACUCUGACAAAAAUCAGUGUGACUUUUAUUAUGAUGCAUUAGGAAAUUUACAGUCAAAGAUAUGCAACGGAAUAGUGACGGACUUUCUCAUUGACCCUCGCGGAAGCUACAACAUGGACAUUCUUGAACAGAUCGAGACAGAAGAUGGCAAAGAGCAGCGAAUUCAAUUCUUUCACGGCGGGGAGGGUAUUGGGCUUAUUGCCGCAAAGCAUGGCGAUGGUAGAAUGGACUUUUUUAUGUAUGAUCCGUUGGGAUCAGUUGUAAAUAUACUAAAUAAGGACGGAGCGUUGUUGAACUCGUAUGUGAGAAAUCCAUUUGGUGAGAUCCUGCACUCGUCUGAAGCAGUGAAAUCCAUGUUUACAUUCAUUGGACAAUGGGGUGUAUUAGAUAUAGAAGAAAUGCCAGGGAUUUACUUCAUGCGGUCUCGCUUGUACGACAGCUACCUUGGACGAUUUAUAAGUACAGACCCAUUAGGUUUGAAAGCACAAAGCAAGAAUUUCUACGCAUACUGUUCCAACAAUCCUGUACAUUUUAAUGAUCCGCGUGGAACAUGUCCGAUGUGUUUGCUGAUUGUAAAGGGUGCUAUUAAAGGUGCAGGAAAAGGUUUAUUUGAUUACCUUGGAAAUACGCCAAUAGAUGACUGGACAUGGGGAGGUGCGACCGGAGAAAUCAUUAAGGGUGGAUUGAAAGGAGGUUUAGACCCUUUCAGAAAGUAUUUGCCGAAGGUGGCUCAAAUUGCUUAUGAUGGAGCUGCAGAAGUGCUUGGAAACUGGGCACAACAUGCUAUCGAUGGCGAAGCGUAUUCGUGGAAGGAUGCUUUUAAUGACUUUACCACGUAUUUUAUAGAUGAGUCAGAAAGCGCACUGGAAGAGAAAUAUAACAAGUUCAAAAAUUUAAAUGAAAAGUUUAAGAAAGCAUGUUCGCUUAUAGAAAAGUUCACCGGAUAUUCUCCAGGGGCAUGUCAAUGGAAGGACAAAUUGAAAGAAGGGCUUGAAAAGUUAGUAGACGAUUUGAUAGCAUGGAUAUUAUCUGUGGAUCCUAAUGAUAUUCUUGGACCAACUGGAUUUGGUGCUGCAAGGUUUAUACGAAAGGACACUACACUUCAGUACAAGAUCCGAUUUGAAAAUGAUGCAAAUGCGACUGCACCAGCUCAGAGAGUGUAUAUUGAAUACGAGUAUAAUGAACAUCUUGACUCAAGAACCUUUGUUAUGGGAGAAUUUGGCUUCGGUAAUUUCACAAAAUCAAUACCUGUCGGAAGCAAGUUUUUUCAGGGAGUAAUUGAUUUAAAUGUCGAGAUGGGUAUCUUUGUAAGUGUGUUCGCUGGUCUUGAUCUGGCAAAGCAAAUGGUGAUCUGGGAAUUUCAGACUGUUGAUCCUAAUACAGGAGAGGCACCUGUUGACCCAGGGAUUGGAUUUUUACCUCCAAACAACGGUUCCACUGGGCAAGGAUUUGUUACUUUUUCAAUGAAACUGAAAAGGCACACGUCCCAUCUUGCAACCGUGCAUGCAAAUGCAUCAAUAUACUUCGACAGAAAUGAGCCUAUUGAUGCCCCGAAUAUAUUCAAUACGGUUGACGAUAGUUACCCUGAGAUGAAUGGGACAGUUAUAUCGGAGACUCAAUCAUCAGACUCAGUUACAUUGUCACUCAGAGCUCAAGAUACAGGGUCAGGAGUUAAGCACGUUGAUCUCUUUCAACAAAACGGAGAAGGUUUUGUCCUGUAUAAAGCUGCAAUAACAGACACAGCUUUCGUGUUGAACAUUGAACCUGGAGACAAUUUUUUGUUACUACCAAUUCCAACAGAUCAAGUCGGAAAUCGACCAUCCAUCGACACAUUUGAUCAAAAUCAUGUCAUCAAUAUUACUUUUUCUGAAGAUAUAGGAGACUGUGAAUGUUCAGGAAACGGAAAUUGCAGUACCAGAAGGAACAUAUGUGAAUGUUUUGAAGGAUUUUAUGGCUCAUUUUGCAAUUCAACUUCAAUGCCCGUAGAACCUCCUGUUUUGCUGCUCAGGGGGAGUAGCGGGUUUGUUGCUGAAAAAAUUAGCUUGACCAUAUCAGCAAAAAAUCUGUCAGGGAAGUUAGAAGAUAUGCAUAUCUUUGUUUCAAACUUUCCACCAGGAACGACAUUUUCAAAGGGAUAUAUCCAGAAUGACGAUGAACUUGUCGUAGAGUACACUGAGUUCGGUAUCGUAGAUAUGGUAGCUGAAAAAAGUGGCAAUAUUACUCUAAAGGUUCGUGUCGUUCAACUUUCACCCGGAAAAAAUUUAACACGAAAUGGGGAAAUAUCAGUCACUGUUUAUCAUAUAAUACCUGCAGUAGAUAUUAUGGCAAGCGCUUGUUUCUUCAAAAGCAGUAACGGUGAAAUAUUUGCAAAAUUAAAUACGUCUGUCAAAUUCAACAACGAAUCGACGAUUUUAUCACAUUCCGUUUCGCUAUCGUUACCUUCAUGGGUACACGUAGAUGGCAAAGAACAUAUCGGGGGUGUUAACGAUAUUGCAGACAAAGUUGUUGACAUGAAACUUAAUACGACAGGUCGCUUUGUUCCGUUCAGAUUUACCGUUGAUGUAAACAUCCAACGUAGCGAUGGUACGUCUUCUAACUUCUCCAGGGUGUUUCAAGUAUCAGAGUUUUGUAGCGGAGUUUCACCUAACAAUAAUGAGAGAGCCACGCCUGUUGUAGUUGUAAUAGAUGUACAUAUUCCAGCAUCUGAUAAUUUGCAAGUUGCAGAAAUUUUUGAAAUGUACAAAUCUAAAGUUAAACCGAUGCUAGAUGGAUUUUAUUCCAAGCAACUUGGCGAAACGUUUAUCAGGACAACUAUAAAGUCUCUCAUGCGAGGAAGUUUGCGAAUUGAUCACGUAGUUAUCACAACAAAUGACGAAGAGACGUUACAGUUACUUGCAACAGCCAUAGCAGAGAUGACGACAGCCACACUUGUUUACGACAGUAAGCCGGUAGCAGUGACAAAUGUUAGUGUCAGUAAUGUUAAAGCUGAAGAUGCCUGUAAUGUGUACACAUCCAUACACCCGUGCAAUCAGUCAGAGUGUAUAAUGGAACAAAAUAAACCCAAAUGCAGUACUGUAGAACACGAUUCAGAUUUCAAAGAUUCCAUAAUGCUGGUCAUUUUACUAGCAGUAUGCAUUCCUAUAGCAUUACUAUUGCUAGCAGUAAUCGCUGCACGGUGUUUAAGAAGACGAAAGAACAAUGCAAGAGGAGGUUACAGACGGGAUCAAAACAAUCCUUCUAGAAUAUAUAUGUCAGAGUAUCGUCCGGACGACCCUUCUUCUGUUGGUGUACCGUUGCAACACAGACAGUGACCCAAAGUGAUGUUCGCAUGAAGCGAAUAAGCAGGAAAGUAUCAAACGAAGGACAGUACUUUUACAAUGUGUGUAUAAUGUACUUGAAAUAUAUAAAAGGAACAUAUUUAUCGAAAUCACAAGUAUGCUUGUACAUACAAAAAUAUUCAAUAUUCAGACAUACAGGCAUUCCCAUUUGAAAAUCUUAGUAUUGUACAGACACAUGCCUACUUAAAUGACAGAAAAUCAGAUAUAAUUAAGUUUAAAUAAAUUUUCUUUUAUAAUCUUAUUAUUUGUACGAUAUAAAUUCUUGCCCCGUUGAUCAAUAAGUAAUUCAGGAUGAUACUUUGAAAAAGAGAUACUUACAAACAUAUCUGAAUUUGUGUAAAGAAAAAUGGAAAUAUGUAAUUAAUUAAUUAAUUAAUUAAUUGUAAUUUUAUUUUCAAAUGUAAUAUAGUUUAAAUUGUACAUAGCUUCAACAAUAUAAAAAUAUUCAGAUAAUUUGGGAGCUAUAUCUGCAGCAUAGGAAAGCAGGUUACAAUAUAUAACUUUUUUCCUGUUUAAAUUUGACAGGAUUUAAACUAAAAACAAUUAAAAAAAAAUGCAUCGCAUUCCUUUCCAUAAAUGUUUAUCCGUGUGAAAAAGUUGGCUGUCACUUAGUAAUCCAAGAAUACUGGUUAGGUUAAUUGUCCGCCGUUACAUAAACGAAAUAUACUUGAAAAUGGCACUAAUCUUCCUCCACCCCCCUACCACAAAACAAACCAAAUAAGACAAAAACAUAGAUACAGCAAAAAACAACAAUCGUUCACGACAAUUAGUUCUAUAUUAACGAAGAUCUGACAAAAAUAUGUUUGAUUUUAUUUAUUCAGAUAUUGAAUUCAUAUAUUUCUGUUGUGUGUUAUGUACGUACAGUGCUUGAAUUACUUGUAUGCUAGUAUCGAUAGUACACAAUUUGUCUGCUGUACAUAUAGUACACAUAGUCGUCUGCUGUACAUAUAGUUUGUAAUUGAUUGCAAGGCUGAUUAAAACUUCUUAUCUGA